AUGUCUUCUCAAGAUCUUAUUCGCGAUUCAGUCGCGAAUGGCCCGAAAGCCACGACGGUUCCUGGGCCGGCUGAUCCCAGCCCUUCGGAGCGAGAGCGAGCCCAACACCAACGGGACGCACUAGUAGCGCUACAAGAAGUGAUUCAGACGAUGAUCCUCGAACGCAAUGUCAUUGAAAAUGACCUCUUUUAUCAGCGUGCGGCGCUCGAGAAUCAAGUGGCGCGCCUCUCUAAGGCAGACAAGAAUAUCCAGAACCUUCAAAGUGUAUGGGAUAAUAUGGCGGCCGGCUUUGGACUUGGUGCGAAGAAAUAA